CAUUAAUGAGAGUAGAAUUCAAAGAAACACGAUAAAUCACUGGAGCAUUUUUAGGUAUUUAUGAUUAGGAUGCUGCUCUUAAUCAAUGUCAUUCUACUCUUAUGGGUUUCCACAGUUGGGGGACAAGUGGGAUUUUGUGGUUUUCCAGAAAUAAAACAUGGCAGUGUAUUUGAUCAAAAGAGAUAUAAUCCAUUUUUGCGAGUACCCAUGGGACAUUUUUUUUAUUACUCCUGUGAAUACAACUUUGUGUCUCCAUCAAAUUUCUUUUGGACUCGCAUAAACUGCACAGAAGAAGGAUGGUCACCGACACCAAAGUGUCUCAGACUGUGCUUUUUCCCUUUUGUGGAAAAUGGUCAUUCUGCAUCUUCAGGACAAAUACAUCUGGAAGGUGAUACUGUACAAAUUAAGUGUGAUCUGGGCUACAACCUUCAAAAUAAUGAGAGUACCAUUUCAUGUAAAGAAGGUGGCUGGUCCACCCCUCCCCAGUGCUUCAAAAGAUGCUUAAAAUCAGAUAUUGUAGUUGAGAAUGGGUUUGUUGUUGAAAAAGAAUAUGCUUAUUCUUUACAUAAAGAAACACAAUAUAAGUGUAAAUCAGGAUAUUCAACAAUUGAUGGAAAGACAACAGGGACAAUUCAAUGUCUGCCAAAUGGAUGGUCAACUCAACCAACUUGCAUUAAGUCUUGUGUUAUGCCAGCAUUUGUUAAUGCCAGAAAGAAAAGCAAUGCCAUAUGGUUUAAGCUCAAUGACAAGUUGGACUAUGAAUGCAGUGAUGGCUAUGUAAGCAGAGAUGGAAACACCUCAGGCUCCAUAGUAUGUGGAGAAAACGGCUGGCCCCACUUACCCACAUGCUAUGAAAUAGAAUGUCCUGUUCCACUUUUAGAAGAAAAUGUAAAUGCCCAUCCAAAACAAGAAAAAUACAGAGUUGGAGAUGUGUUGAAAUUUUCCUGCAGACAAAGACUUAUAAGAGUUGGACCAGAUUCAAUUCAGUGCUACCAAUUUGGAUGGUCACCUAAUUUUCCAACAUGCAAAGGGCAAGUGCAGUCAUGUGGUCCACCUCCUGAACUCCCCAAUGGUCAAGUUAAGUUGAUAAGGAAGGAAGAAUAUGAACACAGUGAAGUGGUGGAAUACGAUUGUAACCCCACUUUCCUAAUGAAAGGACCUAAGAAAAUACAAUGUAUGGAUGGAGAAUGGACAACUUUGCCCACUUGUAUUGAACAAGUGAAAACAUGUGGAGAUACACCUCAACUCAACCAUGGCUAUGUCCCAACCUCUGUUCCUCCCUAUCGCCAUGGAGAUUCACUGGAGUUGAAUUGCUCAAAUGCAUAUACAAUGAUAGGAAAUAAAAUAAUUACCUGUAUUAGUGGAACAUGGACUCAGCUUCCUAACUGUGUUGCAACAGACCAACUUAAGAGUUGUAAAGCUUCAAGGAUUUAUCCCAGAGUUGUGUUCAGAUCACAUCUGCAUGUAUUUCAUCAUAACACCACAACAUAUUAUAGAUGUUCUGGGAAAAACAAAUACAUGAAAACAGUCUGCAUAAACGGUAAAUGGGAUCCUGAACCAGACUGCACAGAAAAGGGAAAACAACCUUGCCCACCUCCACCUCAGAUACCUAAUGCUCAGAAUAUGAUAACCACAGUGAAUUAUCAGGAUGGAGAAAAAGUAACUGUUCUCUGUAAAGAAAAUUAUCUACUUCGAGAUGCAAAAGAAAUUGUGUGUAAAAAUGGACGAUGGCAGUCAUUACCUCGCUGUACUGAUUAUACAGAAAGUUGUGGACCCCCUCCGUCUAUUAGCAAUGGCGAUAUUACUUCCUUCCAACUGAAGGAAUAUCCUCCAGGAUCAACCGUCGAGUACCGUUGCCAGUCCUUCUAUGAACCCCAGGGGUCCACACAGGUAACAUGCAGAAAAGGACAGUGGUCAGAACCACCACGAUGCAUAGAUGCAUGUAUAAUAUCUGAAGAAACCAUGAACAAAAAUAACAUACAGUUAAAAUGGAAAAAGGACAAAAAGCUCUAUGUAAAAACAGGAGAUAUUGUUGAAUUUGAUUGUCAACAGGCAUAUAAAGCAAAGACACCAAGUCAAUCAUUUCAAGCAAUCUGUCAGGAAGGGGAAAUUGAAUAUCCCAGAUGUGAGUAAAACAAGCACAGUUUCUCUGAAUGUAUUCUUAAAAAGUAAUCAUAGAUGUGUCCAAAAAGUAUCAUUUAUUUCAUCAAUACUAGAAUUAUUAUCCUUAUUCUUUCAAGUGCUGUUUAACUAUUGCAUUUAGUUACUCUGAAUUUGCAGUGGCUCAGAAAUUUAUAGCUGAGAGAACAUUUCACUUAUCAGAAGACUGUAUUACACCAUGGGAAAUCAGGAUAAUGGGUCUUCUAUUCGUAAAAUAGCCACAGAAAGAGAUUUCUUUGUACUUUUCUUCAGCACUUAAUUCCAUCUAACCUCUGUUAACUGUCUAAAUAUCAUAACUUCAAGGCUUUCUGAGUCUACUUUAUUUCAGAGGAAAUGGAAAUGUCUCUAUCUUCAUGUUAUUAUCACUUCAUAAACACAGGAAAACUGUCUCCACUUAUGCUUAUUACAAUCAUUAAUAAAUAUACACCCUCUAAUGUGACCCUAGCUUAUCCACAAAUUCUAAAUACUUCAACAAAGAUUAAAAACACCAUCUUCUACAAUUGAGUAGAUGUCUUUGAAAUGUGCACAAAUCCCAAUCAGUUGGAGGUGAUACAUAUAUACAUACAAACUAUGACUAUAGUUAUAAGUGAAAAUGAUUGGGUUACAAUUACAUACAUAGAAUUUUCAAGAUAAGCAUAAAUGGUUAUAGAAGAAAGAUUGGGAGGAAAUACAAAACAAUGACUCGAGUAUUUUUGUGUGGUUUGGGUUAAUAGGCCUAAAAAAUUAAAAUAGAAUAUUUGAAAAUA